AGGGAUCACGAUAUCAAUCUAUUGUACCUUGUAUUGGUUCUCAGUGUUUUCUCGAGUAGAUAAUUUUUAUUGACAUAAGCUGCUGCAACGCGAAAGAAAGGAUCUUCGAAGGAAUAGAGAGAAAAAAAAAGUAAUUCUUCUUCUUGUUCAUCAUCUUGUGGAGGGGAAGGACAAAGGCUAGGAGGAGGUUCUCAUGGUAGGCAUGAUCAAGGUCGCAAAUGCAUAUAUAUAGAUAGGGGGCAUAUAGAUGAGUACGACAAAGCUUUCGACACAAAUAUAUAAAGAGAGUUCGGUUUUUCUGCAGUACUAACAACAGUAGCAUCGAUUCGCGUUCUCAUCGUGUUUGCGAACGGAAAGCCGAUAAAACGUUUAACAUGUUCAAACUGAUAUUACUGAUAUCGACGAUUAUGGCGAUGAGCGGUGUUAUGAGUGCUCCAGCACCGGGACCAGAACCAGCACCGGGACCAGAACCAGCACCGGGACCAGAACCAGCACCGGUACCACCAUUAUUGCCAUCGCACAGCUUGGUUUAUCCACAAAGCUAUGUGAAAGUGAUACCAGCAGUACAUACACCGGCUUUACCAUUGGCCUAUCAUCCUAGUUACAAAUGGAUCCAUCCUGGCUCGGUUUAUCUUUACUAACAGGACUCACAGGACAACAAAAGGAUCGAAUUGUAUACGAUGUCUAAAUCAGCGUAGAACUUUAACAGGAAUACACUUGAUCCUUUAUUUAAUAUUACAGUUAAAACAAUAAACUAUAUACAUAUAUAAUUUUGAUCAGGAAUAAAAACGUAUUGUUAAA